AUGUCUGCGCUCCUCCGACGAACAGGGCUCUCAAUUGUUCACUCGACAUCUCAAAAAUUCCCCAAUAGCCCCACCUGGGCUUUGGGCGGGGAUCUCCAUCCAAUCGUACUCGCCAGUCAUUUUGCGGGGACGAAACGCCCAGCAUCCAUCCAUUCAGCAGGACAUAGGUCUAGUCGGUCUGCACCCGGAUACCAUCCUCCUGCCCUCCGACUCUCGAACCAAACUGCAAUCAGGCCAUACUCUCUUCUCUUCCAUUUUACGAACAAACACAUCCCGUACAACGACCAAUCCGACUCCGAUUGUGUUGCUGUCAUGGAAGUCACGGCUGGGUCAAAGGCAACGGAAAUCAUGAAGUCUUCCGCAAACCGGGACUUGCUCGGUCGAACCGGUCUGGUGCAUAAGACAGUGGAGGCACCUCUACGUGGCCUCCUGAACUCUGGACCAGGUCACGGUAUGUCCCGGGCUGCUGCCUCCUCUAGUUUGUGUGUCGAGGUAUCGAGCCAACUUCAUCCAAGGUCGUAUCUGCCGCUGCUCGCCCAUAAAAAAUCACCUCACAUCUUCCAAUAUUUUUGGCAUGGAAACAACACAAGACCUGGCGCACAUUCUUCUUCGUUGCCUACCUACCGAUUCCAUUUUACGUCGGCAUUCAUUGGGAUGGCGUCACCUCUGGACCGCAAAUAUCACGUGCGGCUCUGUUUCAAUCCCUGCCCAGCUUCCGCUUUCCGCGCGAUGCCUGUCAAGGCCUGUCACCUCAAGGCCUGUCUCACCUGUCUUAGCACUCUGCGCUACCAAGAUCGAGGGCUGAAUCCCAAGGGUUAG